UUCUGCCCUGUCCCCUCCGGUGUCCUGCAGGCACAGCUCCUCGGCGGGGCCCAGGCCGAUGGCAGGUCUUAACGUGUCCCUCUCCUUCUUCUUUGCCACCUUCGCCCUCUGUGAGGGGGCCAGGCGGGCCUCCAAGGCCCUGCUCCCAGUGGGCGCCUAUGAAGGCUUCGCCCGGGAGGUGGUGGGCGCGGUGCAGCUCGGGGCCUGCUGCCUGGAAAUGAGGAUGCUGGUCGAGCUCGGGCCCUGGGCUGGGGGCUUCGGGCCUGACCUGCUGCUCACCCUGCUCUUCCUGCUCUUCCUGGCGCAUGGGGCCACCUUGGACCGGGCCUUGGCCAACCCCACCGUGUCCCUGCAGGAGUUCCUCAUGGCCGAGGCGUCUCUGCCUGGCACUCUGCUGAAGCUGGCGGCCCAGGGGCUGGGCAUGCAGGCCGCCUGCACCCUGACGCACCUCUGCUGGGCCUGGGAGCUCAGCGACCUGCACCUGCUACAGAGCCUCAUGGCCCAGAGCUGCAGCUCGGCCCUGCGCACAUCUGUGCCCCACGGGGCGCUUGUGGAGGCCGCCUGCGCCUUUUGUUUCCAUCUGCUCCUCCUGCACCUGCGGCACAGUCCUCCCGCCUACAGAGUGCCCGCCGUGGCUCUGCUGGUCACCGUCACGGCCUACACAGCCGGGCCUUUCACGUCCGCCUUCUUCAACCCUGCCCUGGCCACCUCUGUGACCUUUCGCUGCUCAGGACACACCUUACUGGAGUACGCCCAGGUGUACUGGCUGGGCCCUCUGACAGGGAUGGUCCUGGCUGUGCUGCUGCACCAGGGCCGCCUUCCUCGCCUUUUCCAGAGGAACCUGUUCUACAGCCAGAAGAACAAGUACCUAGCACCCCGAGGGAAGCCGGCCCUGGCCUCGGGGGACACCCAGAUCCCUGCGAAGGGGUCCAGUGGCCGGGAGCCUGGGUGCCGCAGUGUUGACGGGCCACAUUCCAGCUGAGCAGCCUUGCUCUGUGUGAGCCCCGUGUGAGGACCCUGCU